AUGAUUGCCAAAUACGGAAUUCUGGACAUUACCAUAAGCGAUAAUGGACCACAAUUUAGCAGUUUUGAAUUUAGGGAAUUCGUAAAGGGAUAUCAGAUCACACAUUCAACUAUUAGUCCUUACUAUGCUCAGUCUAAUGGACAAACAGAACACAUGGUCCAGACGAUGAAACGUCUUAUCACCAAAUCUCAUGAUCCAUAUGUAGCUCUGCUAGAGUACAGAAAUACCAAAAUUGAUGGUAUUGACUUGUCGCCUGCUCAGAUGUUUCUAGGGCAAAGACUGAAAUCUAUUGUACCAACAACACUGCCUUUGUUGAAAUCGAACAUAAAUGAGGAUACCCUGGUCAAGCUUAAAUUUCGUCAGGAAAAACAGGAGGAAAACUUCAACAAACAUGCCAGAAAAGAGCCACUGAAACUUCUUAAGCCAGGAGACAACGUAAUGAUGAAGAAUCCAUCUGAACAGUGGACAAGUGGGAACAUCAAAGACUUACAUUCAACUAGACGUUCAUGCAUCGUCCAGAGUGAUGGAACACAUCACAGAAGAAAAAACCGCUUAUACCAUUUUAGUAUAGCUUUGUUCCUGGGAAAAUUCUUCAAAUGCUGA